CAAGGUAAAGGAUGUCCCCACCCAAUGGACAUUGUUUUUGUUCUAGAUGGUUCCGAGAGUGUUACGCAUAAAAACUUUAACAAAGUCAAAAAAUUCACAACAGAUAUUGUCGAUCAGUUCAAUCUAGGCAUUAAACACGUCCGCAUUGGUGUCAUAGAAUUUUCUACAUUUAUUGGUAAAGUAAUUGAACUAGGACAAGUCAAUAAUCCAACAGUACUGAAUUUUCUAAUAAACAACAUCUCAAUGUCAAAUGACGGAACAGGAACGCAUAAAGCAUUAAAGCGCAUGCGGGAUAUGUUUCGGGAAAGAGGCAGACCGGAAGUACCUCAUAUUGGAGUUGUGAUUACCGAUGGUCUUUCUGUGAGUCCGUAUUUAACAAAAGAGGAAGCGAGACGAGUCCAUCAGGACGGAGUUGAAGUGUUUGCUGUUGGAAUUGAGGGCGAUAAGACAUUUCAGACAGAAUUGGAGUACAUUGCCAGCAGCAAAGAUCAAGCUCUGCGCGUUUCGGAUUUUGAUGCCCUUCCUCUCAAUCUGUCGUCAUCCUUAUGUUCCAUUGCAGCUCCAUCAUCAACGCCAAGAUCAACAGUCCUAACGUCUAGCAUAAUACCUGAUAGAAUAGGAGAAUCAAGCGGCAAGAACGAUGGUUAUGUGGACGAAUCCAGAUAUUUCCAAGUACACACAACAGACUGCACAAAAUACAUUGAAGUGGUCCCUGAUGUGAGCGGGGCGACAGUUACUUAUGUUAAGUCGUGCUCCUUUGGGCUUUUCUGGGACGAAAGAAGUCUGACAUGCAUUAAUUCUACUCACGCCGAAUGUUACAAUGAUCCUUGUAGACAAUUUUCUGCUGGAUACACAUACAAAAUGGAAGGACUCUGUUCUGGAUUCUGGACAUGUUUGAAUAAAACGUCACUUCCGGUCUGUUGUACUCUGGGUCAUAGAUUCCAGCUCGCUCAAGGCUGUGUGCCAGACCCAACGUGUAGUGAACCAUGUCCACCUAAACAAAACACUCUCACAAACCGAGAUUGUAGAAAAUGGGUUGAUCCACAUGAUAGCAAAUCAUACUUGGAGGAAGUUCACAGCCGAAACAUUUCAAGACCAUGCGCGCCAGGUUCUUUUUUCGACCAAUCAGCUUGCGGCUGCACCAAACACAUCACUAAAAGUCCAGUGUUAGUUACAUCUGUGAGACCGAGCAUCAGUACCAAUUAUUGUCGAGACGAACUUUAUCUGAAGUUUAACAAAGGACAAGAUGGAAAUCUUGACGGCUUCAAAGACUUCUCGGGUCGUAAUAUCCACGUGGCACAACGAAAUGUCGUCAUAUCCGGCAAAGGCGAUGGCAUGAUGGAACUGGACGGAAUUUCCAGCUGUCUGAACAUAUGGCGGUUCUCCAACAUUGAGUAUAGAAGUCUUGUGAUUUCAAUUAAGUUCCUCGCCCUGCAGUCUGACAACCAACAAACACAGACGAAAUAUCAGGUCCUCCUCUCAAACUGCUAUUACAAAUCAUGUACAGCAAGUGUCGCCAUUGUUUUGGACAGGAUAAACCACGUGAUCGGGGCUCAAACACAAACGGCUGGCACAGGCACAUAUAUAUGGUGGCAUCCAACAAAAUACCUGGACGAUAUUGUAAAUGAAGUAAGGUUGAGCUUUGAUCGUGAAGGGACUGUGAUCAAUUUCUCCCUCAAUAAAGAGAACAGAAAACAGAAUAUUCAAGAAAUGGUUCUUUUGAGACAGACAGGGAUUGUUAUCGGUGCUGGAGGCUUAUUUGACCAUUUUAAAGGAUAUGUAGAUGAGAUUAAAGUACAACACUGCGAUGGGGACCCUCCUAUUCAUGUCUGAAGAGUUUGAACAUAUGUGAAUAUUGUCAUCAAUUAAAAAACGGGAAAAUCUAGAAUAAAGUGGGAAGUAGGAUCAGUUAAAGAUUUUGGUUGUUGUACACAUGGUGCUGAUUGCAAGUUAAUUAUAAAACAAAAUAACGUGAACUUCUCUUAAUUGCUGAAUUUUCUUGUGCUGAA